UCUUUCACUCCCAGAUACAGAGGCAAACAAACGCCAGAUUUGAUUUGGGUUAUAAUUUAUCUACCUUCCUUCCUUCCUUCUCUAUCCGAGUCGAGUCGGUCUAGAAGAUCAUCAUACUCUUCAUCAAUCAUCAUCUGCAACUAUUACAAUUGCCCAGAUAUUUAUAUACAUAUAAAUUGUGAUUUUACUGUUAUCUCUUUGAUCUGAAAUCAAAGAUAUCGAUGUGCUUGAUGGUUCAAAAUUCAUCCACAAUUUUCUCCCUACAACUUCUUCUUCUUCUUGAUGAGACUGGAAAGUAAUAAUAGCAUGAUUCUGAUCUUAAUUAAUUAGUAGCAUUAUGAUGAUGGAUAAGAAAGGGAGUGUGUUGAUGGAAAGGUACGAGGUAGGGAGAUUACUAGGUCAAGGAACAUUUGCAAAGGUUUACUACGGAAGGAGUGUGAAAACUGGUCAGGGUGUGGCCAUUAAAGUAAUAGACAAAGAGAAGAUUGUGAAAGUUGGAUUAAUAGAACAGAUUAAACGUGAAAUCUCUGUCAUGAGAUUGAUUAAGCAUCCGAACGUGGUCAAUCUUUACGAAGUCAUGGCUACAAAAACCAAGAUCUAUUUCGUAAUUGAAUACGCUAAAGGAGGUGAGCUUUUCAACAAAGUAGCUAAAGGAAGGUUAAAAGAGAAUACAGCUAGAAAAUACUUCCAGGAAUUGAUCAAAGCAGUCGAUUUCUGUCACAGCAGAAGUGUUUAUCAUAGGGAUAUCAAACCGGAGAAUCUAUUGUUAGAUGAAAAUGAAAACCUUAAAAUAUCUGACUUCGGUUUGAGUGCACUUGCUGAUUCAAAACGACAAGAUGGUCUUCUUCACACCACGUGUGGAACCCCGGCUUAUGUUGCUCCUGAAGUGAUUAACAGGAAAGGGUAUGAUGGUAUAAAAGCAGAUAUUUGGUCGUGUGGUGUCGUUCUCUAUGUUCUUUUAGCUGGUUAUCUUCCGUUUCAUAAUUCUAAUUUAAUGGAGUUGUAUAGGAAGAUCGGGAAAGCUGAUUAUAAAUGCCCGAGUUGGUUUCCACCCGAAGUUCGUAAAUUGUUAGCCAGAAUCCUCGACCCACAUCCCAGUACCAGAAUCUCCAUUGCCAAAAUUAAGGAGAAUUCAUGGUUCAAAAAAGGUUUAAACGCCAAAGCAGAGAACAUCACCACUACUGCCACGAAUGACAAUAAUUCAGAUGUGGCUUCAACUUCUAAUCAAUCCAACAACGACGACUCAACUUCAUCUGGGGAGGAUCAAAAGCUGGCUAAUUUAAACGCAUUCGAUAUAAUAUCGUUUUCAGCUGGUUUUGAUCUAACAGGGUUGUUUGAAGCUCCUUCUGAGAAAAAAGAGGUGAGAUUUACGUCAAGAAAACCUGCCUCUGUUAUCAUAUCGAAACUAGAGGAAAUCGCGAAAACAUUGAAGAUGAAGGUGAGCAAGAGGGAUGCAGGUUUGCUUAAAUACGAGGGAUUGAAGGAAGGACGAAAAGGGUUUUUGUCGAUUGAUGCAGAGAUAUUUGAAGUAACUUCUUCGUUUCAUUUGGUGGAAGUAAAGAAAGCUAACGGAGAUACAAUUGAAUAUCAGAAAAUGGUGAAAGAAGAGAUGAGGCCUGCAUUAAACGAUAUUGUUUGGACAUGGCAAGGCGAACACCAACAAUUGGAACAAGAUUUGCAAUUGGAACCUUCAUCAUCAUCGACAACCCAUGAAGAAGAAGAAGAAAAGACAACAACCAUUCAUGAUCAUGAGCAACAGUUCAAUUCAUUAUAAUACAAUACAGUAAAGAAUAAAAGAAAGACAUAUACAAAUUGAUGGAAAGGAAAUUUAAGAUGGGGAUGAAACCAAGUUCUUCCAAAGGUAGCGGCCGCUAGCCAUAUCAACACAAGUCCGAA